AUGGCCGCUCCAGAGAAGGGGAAGGUGAUCGCCGUGGAUGGCGGCGGUUGUGCUUGGACGGCACCGAAUGUAUCACCGAUUGUUCCGCUGGCAGCGGCUGCUGCUGCUAGGUUUGCUGUCUUGUUUCAUGCUGAUUUUUAUACCGACGCCGUCUUCACCUGGGGCUCGCUGAACUCAGCAAUCUGGGGCAGUGGCAACAACCUUGCACUCUUGCUCGAUAAGGUCUCGGGUUCUGGGAUACAAACGAACAGAGAGUUUCUCUUUGGAAGUAUAGAAAUGCAAAUCAAACUGGUUCCAGGGAAUUCAGCCGGCACUGUCACCGCAUACUAUAUGUCGUCAACAGGAACCAAGCAUGAUGAGAUAGACUUUGAGUUCCUGGGAAAUUUAUCCGGACAACCUUACAUCAUUCACACAAAUGUCUUCACUCAAGGUGUAGGAAAUAGGGAACAGCAAUUCUACCCUUGGUUUGACCCAACUUCUGAUUUCCACAAUUACACCAUACACUGGAAUCCAAGUCAGAUUGUGUGUUUUGUUGAUGGGCUCCCAAUCCGAGUCUUCAGAAAUUAUGAAAAAAUCAGGAUUCCGUUCCCCAACAAGCAAGCAAUGACAGCCUACUCAAGCCUUUGGAAUGCUGAUAAUUGGGCAACUAGAGGUGGCCUUAUAAAGAUUGACUGGAGCAAUGCACCCUUCAUAGCAAGAUAUCGCGAGCUCCGCCUGAGAGCUUGCACAUGGACUGGACCAAACAGCAUCAGCCAAUGCGCUCAAACUACCCCUGCUAAGUGGUGGACUUCACCUGCAUACAGUGAGUUGAAUGACAUGCAGAAGGGUCAGCUGAACUGGGUCAGACAGAACUUCAUGAUAUAUGAUUACUGCAAAGAUGCAAAGAAAUUCAAAGGGCAAGUCCACCCUGAGUGUUCUCUGCCACAAUUUUAA